AUCAACAAGCUGGUCCCACUAAAGCGAAAGCGUUCAUCUACUACUUGGCGCUACACAUAUCGCGAGUGGUCAUCAAAAGUGAACGCAAGUCGUCCGAACCACAAGAACCCAUAGACAUUUGAUGCAUUUGCAAGUUCCUUAAUUCAUGUGCCACCAUCAUGUAAGUCGGAUGGAAGCUUUCACUUUUUAUGUGAUCGCUAUCACGGACUGUUUAUGGGAAUAACCGACAACAAUUUUUUGACCGUUUUUUUUUCAAAGUGCAGUGACAAAAAAUGACAAAGUCUAGAGGCGGCUUUUGUAUUGUGAAACGUGAAAGUGCUGUGUUUAUUUGCUGUUAUUUGGUUCUGAUUAGCUUUUCUGGAAUAUACGGCCAGCAGGCAAAUGAUGGACAAAUGAAGGAAGAACCGCAGUCAGUUCAGGAUUUAUUCAACACUUCUUCGUGCAUUCCAAAGCCUUUUAGAUGUCCGCACAAGCAAAUCCAGUUUUUCCUCUACACCAGGCGUACUCAACAGGAACCCGAACUGCUAGAUACAACCAAAGAAGAUUCCCUAUACAAUACGCAAUUCAACCGACGGUACCCAGUGAAGAUUGUCGUCCACGGAUUUGGAGGAGGCAGAAACCUCUCGCCCAGCACUGACAUGAGGGAUGCGUACUUCUACCGGGGCAAUUACAAUGUUAUCAUUGUAGAUUACGGGACAUUGGUGAAAGAACCAUGUCUUAGUCAAAUGGAAUGGGCUCCGAGGUUUUGUGCCAAAUGCAUUGCUCAAUUAAUUAGAUAUUUAACUCAACAUCCGCGUGGCGUCAGGGCUGAUUAUCUACACUUGGUAGGAUACAGUGUGGGCGCCCACAUUUCCGGCCUGGUCGCUAAUUAUAUCGAUCCUGUUCUGGACGGAAAGCUGGGAAGAAUUACUGGUUUGGAUCCCACGAUAUUUUUCUACAUGGGAAAAAACACGUCCAAGGACCUGGAUGCUACUGAUGCUCAUUUUGUGGACAUUCUGCACACAGGGGCAGGCAUUUUGGGGCAAUGGGGCCCGAACGGACAUGCAGAUUUUUAUAUCAACGGUGGAUCUAGUCAGCCAGGGUGCGGAAGUGAUACCAUAUUUAAAACCCUGGCAUGUGACCAUACGAAAGUAACGCCCUACUUCAUCGAGUCAAUCAUAUCUAAGAAAGGUUUCUGGGCUUAUCCAUGUCCAACUUUGAUCAGCUUCAUGUUGAAUUGGUGCUCGCCUAAUGAGCAGGAUUACGUUCUGAUGGGGGAACAUGUAUCACAUCAGGCCAGAGGAGUCUAUUAUGUUCGGACCCACGCCGACCCCCCAUGGGCGCAGGGGCCUCCGUUGGAAAUCAAACAAAGGUUGGCUAGGAGAACGCUGCCGAUUCUACAGCGGCUGGCCAAAGGAGCAGAGAAAGAGAGCUAAAUGGCAGGUUGCUAAUAUGUGUUUUGUUUGGAAUAGCAGUAAAUUUUUCAAAGGAAGGUAGAUCCUAUAUGAACAAUCCUAGAAAAUGAAACGAGUUAGAGAACAGAUUUCUGAAAUGUUCCUAGAUAGUAGGGCAAGUGAAAUUGUACAAGUAUCUGAUCGGUUACUCCUUCACCAAGAGUUAAUUUUGUUUUUGAAUUUAAAGUAUUUGUCACAAUCGUCUUUAAAAAAUUUGGUCUCAAUAUUUUUCUAUUUUCUUAGUCUAAGAAUAUAGUAGCUUUCCUUAUAUCAUGCUAUUAACUUAGAAGACUAACCGGUAAGCCGCUUUUGCAUCAAUGAAUUCCUAACUAAUUUAUCGUUAAGAUGUAGUAGAAACUGUGAUGUUUAAAAAUAUAGGAAUCUAGUUGUAUCAAAGUAUAGAGUUGUAAUUUUUGGGUUAGUUGAUUAUUUAACGCCCUUCAAAAGAUGUUGUUGCUAUUAAAAACAGUUGAUCAUA